GGGCACUCUGGCUUCCCCAGAGCCUGGCAUGGGUCUGGCAUAGGGCUGAAUAAAUGAAAUAUGCUGGCAGUUAGAGUGAAGGAAUGAAUAAAUGAAUGGAUGGAUGGAGGGGAGGGCAGAGGAUGGGUGGAUGGGAGAAUGGGUGAAUAAAUGUGGGGGUGGGUGCAUGAACAGAUGGAUGGAUUCCUGAUACAGUCAGGGGAUGAUGAGGAGGAGGAGGUCACCUUAUCAAGAAAGUGUGGGCUUCCCCAGCUCCAUCCUCUAGAACAGUUUUAAUUUUAAGGGUCCCACUUCCUUCCGUAAGCUCAGAUCCCUGCGGGAUAGAUACAGAGAGUUCUGGGUCUCUCUUCUUCCCUUAGCUCUAGGCUUAGCAUUUUUAGGGGGUUCAGAUGAGGCAGAAAUGGCUAAAAUAUACUGAGUUCCCACUAUGGGUCUAACACCAGGCUAGACAUUUUUUACAGAUGUGGCCUUGUUUAAAAAAAAUAGCACCCCAGUUCUGUGAAAUUGGUUCUAUUAUAUUAUCUCAUUUUUACAGUUAAGAAAAUGGGCUCAGAGACACUAAGUGAAUUGUCUAAGGUCUUACCGCUAAUGUCUAGCAAAGGGUGGGAUUUGAACUUAAAACCUACUCAAGGAGCCAGGGCUGGAUGGGCUAGAGAUCAAGUGACAAAGAGGAACCAGAGGCUGGGAUGGCGAGCAGCAGGGCCAGCCCUGCUCUGGAUACAGGGGCUCUGAGUUCUAGUCCUGGCCUGGCCUCUUUUACUGGCAGACAGUGGGUGAGACUUUGCCCAUCUCCAAGCCUCAGUGUCCACGCGUGGAUCUGCUGCCCCUCGGGGGUCUCUUCCAAGUGAAUGUUGCAGAAAUAGAGGUGGAUGUAAGGAGCUCCUGGCCCUUCCUUGGGACGUCCCCUCUUUUCUCUGCCAGCUAGUGACCAAAGGGCAGGGCUGCCCAUUAGAUAAUAGUUAACUGGGUCUGAGGUCCCAUCUAUAAGGAGGCCACCGAGCUGGCCAAGAUUCCACAGGAUGCAGUGGGUGAAGGUGCUGGGAGGGGUGGUGGGGGCCGCUGCCCUCUUGGGGCUGGGGAUCAUUGUGGGUCACUUUGCCAUCCCCAAGGGGGCUGACUCACCAGCCCCCAGUGCCUCAGCCUCCCAGGACCUGGACCUGAAGAUCCUCGAGACCGUCAUAGAACAGCUAGAUGCCAACAGGAUCCGGGAGAACCUUAGAGAACUCUCCAAGGAGCCACAUCUGGCCACCAGCCCCCGGGAUGAGGCGCUGGUGCAGCUGCUGCUGCAGCGCUGGCAGGACCCGGAGUCAGGCCUGGACUCAGCCAGGACCACUGAGUACGAAGUGCUGCUGUCCUUCCCCAGCGGGGAGCAGCCCAACCGUGUGGAUGUGGUGAACUCCACUGGGGCCAUCCUCUUCUCCUGCCGACACAGUGAAGAGAACCUGACUGGGGAGCAGGGGGGCCCCAAUGUGGUGCCGCCCUAUGCUGCCUAUGCUCCCCCCGGAACCCCGCAGGGCCCCCUCGUCUAUGCCAACCAGGGCUCGGAAGAAGACUUCAAGGAACUACAGAAAAAGGAAGUCAAACUCCAAGAUAGCAUCGUCUUGACCCGCUAUGGGGGUGUAGGGCGCGGAGCUAAGGCUGUGAAUGCUGCCAAGUACGGGGUGGCUGGAGUGCUAGUGUACACGGACCCCAAAGACAUCAAUGACGGGAAGAGCUUGCCAAAUGAGACCUUCCCACACUCCUGGUGCCUGCCUCCCUCGGGCGUGGAGCGAGGCUCCUACUUCGAGUAUUUUGGGGACCCCUUGACUCCUUACCUUCCAGCUACGCCCUCCUCCUUCCGCCUAAACUCUGACAAUGCCUCUGGAUUUCCCCCAAUUCCCAUUCAGCCCAUUGGCUUCGAGGAUGCACAAGUCCUUCUCUGUAACCUUGGAGGAAACCUUGCGCCGGCUGACUGGCAGGGAGGACUGGGCUGUGACUACAAUUUGGGGCCAGGCUUCCGGUCGAAUGGUAUCUUCCCAGAAGACGGCCAGGUGAACGUGAGUGUCCACAACCGCCUGGAGCUGCGGAACUCCUCCAAUGUCCUGGGGAUCAUCCGCGGGGCUGUGGAGCCAGACCGCUACGUGCUAUAUGGAAACCACCGGGACAGCUGGGUUCACGGGGCCGUGGACCCCAGCACUGGUACUGCCGUCCUCUUGGAGCUCUCCCGCGUCCUGGGGACUCUGCUGAAGAAGGGCACCUGGCGUCCCCGCAGAUCAAUCGUGUUUGCGAGCUGGGGGGCAGAGGAGUUUGGUCUCAUCGGCUCCACAGAAUUCACGGAGGAGUUCUUCAGCAAGCUGCAGGAGCGCGCCGUGGCCUACAUCAAUGUGGACAUCUCGGUGUUUGCCAAUGCCACCCUGAGGGUGCAGGGCACGCCCCCGAUCCAAAGCGUCGUCUUCUCCGCUGCCAAACAGAUCUCCGCACCGGGCUCCAGCGGUCUCAGCAUCUAUGACAAUUGGAUCCGAUAUUACAACCGUAGCAGCUCCGUGUACGGCCUGGUCCCCAGUGUGGGGACUCUGGGCGCUGGCAGCGAUUAUGCCCCUUUCAUUCACUUCUUGGGCAUCUCCUCCAUGGACAUCGCCUACACCUAUGACCGGAGCAAGACCUCAGCCCGGAUCUACCCCACCUACCACACAGCCUUUGACACCUUUGAUUACGUGGACAAGUUUUUGGACCCUGGUUUCAGCAGCCAUCAGGCCGUGGCCCGGACUGCGGGAAGUGUGCUUCUCCGGCUCAGUGACAGCCUCUUCCUGCCGCUUAACAUCAGUGACUACAGCGAGACCCUCCGCAGCUUCCUGCAGGCUGCCGAGAACCUCAGGGUCCUAUUGGAGCAGCACGGCAUCAGCCUCGGACCUUUGGUGACUGCGGUGGAGAGGUUUGAGGGGGCAGCCACGGCAUUCAACCAACGCAUAGCAACACUGCGAGAGGGCACCCCUGAUCCCCUGCAGGUGAGGAUGAUCAACGACCAGCUGAUGCUCUUGGAGCGGACUUUCCUGAACUCACAAGCCUUCCCAGAAGAACGCUACUACAGCCAUGUGCUCUGGGCACCCCGCACCGGCUCUGUGGCCACGUUCCCUGGCCUGUCCAAUGCCUAUUCCCAGGCCCAGAACGCAGGCCACGAACCUGCAGCCUGGGCUGAGGUGCAGAGACAGCUCAGCAUCGUGGUGGCAGCCCUGGAGGGCGCGGCAGCCACCCUGAGGCCUGUGGCUGACCUCUGA